UGUGGCCCUCCUAAUUCAUCAGGUAAAACCUCCAAUAUGUAUACCUGGUGCUGUAGGAAAUUACCGAUAGCGUUCAGUAGAGUUGUGUUGACACUCGGCACCGCAUCAUUUAAACAUGUCGCGGAGGAAACAGGCUAAACCGAGACCCAUUUUCGCAUAUGAAGAUGAUGUUGGGACUGUACAAGGAGAAGAAGUCCUGGUUCCUAUCUCACAGACAAAUGGACACAGUCUGUCUAACUCAGAACAGGAAAGAGACGAUGACACAGACUUUGGAGAGUUUGCUCCCCUGGUGAUGGACACGGGACCUAGUCAGAACGAGGAAAUGUUGGAGAAGUUACGUCCACAAUCCCCGAACAGUAUUACAAUACACAAAGAACUUCCACAGUUUGCUCAAAUUCCACGACCUGAACCUAUUAAGCCAUUGCCUAUCAUUCCAUCACAUAAGGAAUCAAAAUUAUCCAGUUUUAGUGACAACGAAAGCAAAAACAUUCCAAAUUUCAUUCCAUCGGCAUCGUUAUCACCAGUAAUGUCUUCCACCGUGUCGAGCUUCAGCGGAAACAGUGGACCACCCUCACGUGUUGCCACGCCAACAACACCAUCAAAUAUAGAUGAAAACUCCAAGUCAAGUUUAUCAUCAUCAGGGAAUGCGAUGAGACGUGGUACUAAGAACUUGGAGAGGGACACAGCUGAAAAUGAUGAGAAUCUGGAUUAUGAUUCAGAUUUUGAUGAUCUUGAAGAAUUACUUAGUGAACUUAUAAAACAUAAGAUUUUACCAGUUUCUGAUGAAGACGGCGAGAAAUUCAUCUGUCCAGUUUGUAACGUAUCAUUAGUAAAUCUGCAUGAUUUAACUGUUCAUAUACGUUCCCAUAAUACACCAGUAUCCGGGUCACAGUCAAACUCGUGUAAAAUCUGCGGCAAAAUCCUCAGUUCACAGAGUUCCCUUGACAGGCACAUGCUUGUUCAUUCAGGAGAAAGGCCGUUCCUGUGUAAAGUAUGUAACAUGUCUUUUACAACCAAUGGAAACAUGCACAGACAUUCGCGUAUCCAUACCAAAGAAGAAAACCUAAAGUCAAUUGGUAAUCAGUAUAGUCAAAUACGUAGAGGCAAAUCUGCCUGGAGGCAAAGAAUUAGUAACUUUUUAAGCCAAUCAAAUUCACCCGUUGGCGAUCGUAUGAAAUCGUUUCAGAGUGGAAUGGCUCAGGAUAUCUUAAAGAAUCUACCAAACCACUCGCAGCAGUCGGUGUUUGGCCGUCCCAGCGAGGUUAUCCCCUCAUUAGUUCCAGGAAUGAAACGUCAGUUCAGUGGUAGUGACCUUGCAGCUGAUUGGCAGAUUCCGUUUAAACGACAAUCAUUGGGUAGCGACAGUGAUGUGAGUAGCUCGUCACCUCGCAAGUUCAGCUAUCCCAUAAUCCCCAGCAGUCAGGAGGACGAAAGUCAGGACGAAAAGCUAGAAGAGAGUAAGGAAAGAGAAGAUAAAGAAGUCCUGCACUGUCCUGCGUGUCCGAAGACUUUUCUAUGUAAAUACGGCCUAGAGUCGCACCUCGAGUCCCAUCCAAACUAUCAGAGUCACUGUUCACUCUGCGACCUCACUUUCAAAAAUCCUCGUAAACUCCGCCUUCAUCGCCUGAUAGCUCAUACAGAGAAGGUCAAGGAGGAGAUGAAUCUAGAAUGCGCUGUAGAAAAGGAAAUGCCGGAGGUGAAAGAAGAAACAGAGGUUAAAGUCGGCUUCAAUGAUCUCACAUUUGUUGAUUUCUCCGUGGAGAAAUUUCCUCUCAUAGCAAAGCAUUAUUUUGAAAAGAAUGCCAGGACAACUAGUAGUAUGUACUUAAACUUUAUUUGUAACAUUUGCUCAAAGGCAUUCCCGUGUGAGUCGAGUUUGAUCUUACACACAUAUUCUCAUACCAAAGAUAAAUGCACUCAGUGUCCAAUAUGUGAGUGCGAUUACGCAGAUGUUAAUGAAUUUCAUGCACAUAUGCUGAAACACUUAGCUGAUAAGGCUUUUGAAGAUAUCCGUCCAUCAGCAAAAAAUGAGAAAGGCGACAGUGAUCUUGAACCGGAACGUCUCACAAAACACGACUUUCUUGCCAUGUUCUUGUUGAAAGACGAUGAAGAAAAGUCAGACCAGAAACAGUCGUCACCUGCGCCACCAAAGAAGGAAACACCAAAACCUGUCCCAGUGGAGAAGAAUAUCAACAAAGAUUACUAUGCAAAAUUAGGUCAAGUGUUCACUCCGGGAGUUCCGCCAAUGUUCGGUCAGUUUCCGAUGUUUCCUCCUGGUUACCAGCCAACGUUAGAUGACUUCCACAAAAUGUUGCAGGUCGCUACCAACAUGAACAUGUUGCCAAGUAUGGGCCCAAAUCUACUCAUGAAAGGUCUUUCUGCCGGACAUAUGCCCGCUCAUUCCUCACCGUCCAAACCCCAGUCCGGUUACACGCCAUCUGCCAGUAUGGCGACCUCAACACCAAAACCGGCUCAUGCUUUGUCUAGUCCAAUGGAUGUUCAGCUUGGACGCGAAGGACCGCUUCUCGGUGGACCGGAACGAGAGAUUACUGAGAUUAAAAUGAUGAAUUCCGGUGGAGCGUUCCCGUGUAAAUAUUGUGAUAACACAUUCACAAGCUACAAGACUUUGAAAGCGCAUAUCCGGACACAUUUGGGAUUCUCGCCAUACCAAUGUAACCUUUGUGUGUACUCCAGUGCAGAUAAGAGCUCUCUGAUCCGCCAUGUGAGGACCCACAGUGGUGUACGCCCAUUCCAAUGUCUCAUUUGUGACUUUGCUUUUACCACCCGAGCCAACUGUGAAAGGCAUCUUAGAAAGAAGCACAGUAUCAUGGACAGGAACGAAAUGGAGAGAUCUAUAUACCUUAACAAGUUUGCCCUCGAUGCGUCAUCGUCCAUCGACAACUUUCAUUCCCCUGACACCAUCUGCAAGUACUGUGGCGUUGACUUUAAGUUUUUCCGAGCUCUGAAGAAUCACUUACGAUCCCAUGAUAGCUGUCGACAGAAACCGUUCCAGUGCCAGCUGUGCGAUAUGGGGUUCUGCACAAAGUUGAACUGUCUACGUCACGUUCAGAAGCAACAUCCGGAAGUUAAUAACAAUCAGACAGAGAAUUAUGUCAAAGUCAACGAACAUUUCAUGAAUGAUGAUACUGAUAACGAGUCUGUCAACUCAGAUGACGGUAUUCCACUGUACACUGAUGAUUCAAAGAUUCUGUAUAAUUGCCGAUCCAAUAACAGCACACCUCAGCCUCCUGCUGCUCAUUCCACACCAAAACCAGAAGCGUUACUAGGUCGGGAAAGCCGACAUAUUUCACCGAAUCGCCAUGUAUCGCCUCUUUCUCACAUAUCGCCAGCUGUAAGUCCACUUGUGAUCAAAUCAGAACCAGUUGAUAGAGCAGAUACGCCACUAGAUUUCAGUAUGAAACCCAGCUCUGAUGCAAUCAAAAUGGAAGUAUCGAUGAACGAGUCAGUUCCUGUGAAGAGCUCGUCUGAUGAAACACCAAUUGAUCUCUCAGUUAAGAAGGGUGUUAUCCCUAUCCCUAUUGCUCCAAAGCCAAUGAAUUUUAUUCAGUGUAUGUACUGCCCUAUGGGAUAUUCUGAUCCUGGAGCUAUGGAACGCCAUUUACAUAAAGCUCAUGCAAAGUUUGUUAAUGACAAUCCCGCAAUUUCCACACAGCUAGCUGCAAUACCAUUCCUUAACCAACAAGGGAAGUUACUCUUGCCCCCACGAGCCUUACAAAGCGUUGCUGGAUACCAGCUCAACCAGAAUAAACCGGCUUUACAUUCUAGUAACAUGAGCCGGUAUUCAACCCCGCACCGGAAUAAAUCUGUGUCAGCUACCAUACAAAAUCUUCAUGACAAACUUAAACAGAAAAAAGAAAGCACGCCAGGUAUAGAUAGCGACCUUGCCUCAGUGACAAAGAUGAUUGAUGCCACAGACCAACUUAAUUUUCAAGCGUUUUUCAAGGCUGAACAAUCACCAGUUAGUUCUCUUAAGGGUUCAGCUGUGGCCCGGCCUUCAAAUAUCAGUAAGCGACCAGGAGUACAGAUUUCUCUAGAGCAUUGCAAGGCAAUUAACCGAGAGUUAGAUAAUCUUCAGCGAGAAGGUGACGUAGAUGAGGCAGCAUUGUCACAAGUUCGAGAGAUGGCGUUGUCUGUGAAAGAGGAAGUGGUAAACCAGGGACCAGUGACAGGAACAGGAAGUACAGGAUGUUCAGCAGCUCAGAGCCCUCUAGUGGGCCAGAUUAUGGAUGGACAAGGGGAGUUAAAUGAUGAUAACUCUGGCGAUGGGUCGAUAUCUGGAGCCAUGAAGUCGGACAGUGAAAAGGGAGAUAAUGCGCCACCAAAAAAGAAAAGGAACUCGUACGCAGAUUCUCCACACAAGCUUGCUUGUCCAUACUGCCCGCGUGCAUUCCCAUGGGUCAGUUCACUCACCAGGCAUCUUCUUACUCAUACAGGUCAGAAACCUUUCAAAUGCCCACGAUGUCCAGUGACUUUCUCAACUAAAUCGAAUCGUGAACGCCAUUUGAUCCGUAAACAUGGUGUGAACAUGUUGGACCCUCUAUCUCGCCAAACGAUGGAUAGACCUUACAAGUGUCCUCUAUGUGUAUUCAGCUCAUUCUCUACACAAAGUAAUUUGCUGAAGCAUUAUAGAGAUCGUCAUAAUGGCGCUAACUUGCCGGAAAAUAUUGCUGACAUUGAAAGAAUGUCUCCGACUGCCAUCAAGGCUGCGACUUUAGAGAUGGAAAUCAGGGCGAGAGAAAAUCCUCCGAAAGCAGAAGACUCGUCAAGCCUCAAUAUGAACACAGAAGAGUUUGAGGAAGACCUGGACAAUAGUGUUGAUUCUUCAGAGAAAAUGGAUGAUGACUCAGCAUCUUUUACAACUGAGAUUGAAGCUGCAGAUGAGGUGCAGAGGACAGAAAAUGUACAUGAAAAACUUGAGAAAAAUGAUCAGCUGCCAUCUAUUGAGAAGAAACCUGUAGCAGCCGAACAUGAGGGUAUGAAGAUAGCCCCGCACCUGUUAAUGGCCAUGCCAGAUCUGCAAAAGAUUCAGAAUGUUGAGGACACCUCAAGUGAUGGUUUUGAAAGAAAUCUUGAAAUUGACGAGCACCAAAAUUCAUCCAGUCCUGACCUAACUACCAUGAAGAAAAAUAUUGAGAAAAUCAUUGCAGAGCAGAAGGCUAUCAUUGAACAGAAAGCUAAAAUGGAGAUGAAGAUUCAAGCAGAGAUUCGAGCUCAGAUUGAUAUGCAGCGAAAGCCCGAAACUUUGUCCGACUCCGUUUCACCCAUUCCAUUUGAAAUCAGUCAGGAAACAUUGCUUGAUCCCAGCAAACCUUUUACUGGGUCUGCUGAGAGAAUAAUUAACCCUGAGCGAGAUAAUUACGAUGUUGACAAGAUUACAGAAUGCUGGAAGUGUAAGGAAAUGUUUCCGUCAAGAAAAGUGCUGGUACGUCAUCUUAAAGAACACAACAUUGAUCUGCCAUUCAAAUGCUACCUUUGCGAUGCCUCGUACGAAUCAAGAGUAGACUGUCUGAAUCAUCAAGCUAACGCUCACGACUCCGACUGGAAGAUACUGAAAGAGAAAAAUAAAGUCAUGGAAAUUGAACAAUUUUCCGUCCACAUGGAUAAGGUUGUAGAGAACAAUUGCAACAAGCUGGAUACCGGCUCUUUGCUGGAGAUCCCGGGCACCGGAAGUGACGAGAGCAAGAUGGAAGUGAUCUCAGCAGACUACAUGCAGAGGAAGGUGUACUGUUCAUUGUGUCCAAAGAGAUUCUGGUCUCUUCAAGAUCUGAGACGACACAUGAGAUCACAUACAGGAGAGCGACCAUUUGAAUGCGACAUCUGUCAAAAACGGUUCACGUUAAAGCACAGUAUGAUGAGACAUCGCAAGAAGCAUGCCGGAGCGCCACCUAGGAUAUUCGAUGAUGACGAUGAUUCUAAUGGAGUUGACGACAGAGGUUCACGAUCUGCUAAAUCGACACCAAGUCGCAACGUGACAAUUUACCCAUACUCCUCUACCCAGACUGAAGGUGUGCCUUCCUCAACUAGUACUUACCUCUUCUCUCAAGGGCUCAGUGGUGGACAAAUGGUUCUUGGUGGAUCACACAUAGGUUCUCUGGCUCAAACCAGUGCUGUACCUGGUACAUCUAAGGACACAUCUCGCAAGUCACCAAAAACCACUCCAUCAUCUCUAGAUAGCGUGAAGAAAGAGUUCUUUGACUGCAGUGCAGACAUGUUACAUAAUCUUCUCGGAGUAGAAUCGGCCGCCAUUGAGCAAAUGCUAGAUUCUGCCGACUCUAAAACUGCGGCGAAAUAUCUCGGUCUCGCAGAAGCCUCGUAAAGUAACCUUUUAUUACAUGUUUAUCCAUCUCGGCUUUGUAGAUGCCAAAGGUCAAACUAGUCUCGGACAAACACAGGGGAUGCUCUAGAGAAAUUAAAACUUGUGUUCAGAACAUGUUUGGUCAUGACAUUAUGUUUUUGAAAAUUAUUUGUUAUCAAUGUUAUUUAAAUGGUUGUUUCAAGAUUUAUGAUAAAGCUUUAUGAAACAUAGAUUUAUACUGUUAAUGUUGCUGCUAAAUUUGAUAGGCAUCCUGGUAGCUUGAUUUUUCUUUUGUAAAAAAAAAAUAGGUAAAGAAAAAAUGUGAUUAUUUAAGGCAGUACAUGAAUACAGAAAAAUUUUAUAUUCUGUAAAGAAGUUAAUUUUGAAUUUGUUAAAUGUAAGAAAGAUUACAUAAAGAAUUAUGUUAUAAUGGUACGUUCAUUAAGGAAGUUGGGAGAAGAAAAAUGUUGUUAUAUUUAAUACUGGUAUAAUCUUUGUCACUAAGGAAAGGUUGUAAAUAUAUGUGUGUUGCAUUCCAUGUUGUUGUUUUUUUUUUUUACUUAAUUUGAUUCUGCUGUUAUUGCUGGUGUUUUUAGUAGUAUAUAAAAUGAAAUGUUGAUAAUUCAUGAUUGUUUGGAUCGUAAAUAUUUAAAUAUUGAUUACAAGUAAAAUGAUACACUUUAUGUUGAUACAUAAAAUUGGUAAUUGAUAAUCCUCUAAUUGAUUUAUUUGAUAUAUAUAUUUUUUUUUUAAUUGAAGUUUAUAGGUUUUGUACAUGAUAUAUAGUAGAUUGUUUAUAAAGAGGAUCAAGUUACUUGUUAUCUACAUUUAUUGAUAAAACAUGAUGAUUUUGUUGAGGUUCACAUUUAGAUCUCAAAGAAAGUGGUGAACGUAAGAAUAUGACAGGAUUGAGUGUGUUGUGAAUGUGCAAGACUGUUUCCCUGGAAAAACUUACAUUUAAAAACUUGAAUGUUGUGUUUAUAACAAGAGUUUAAUUGAUAACAUAUUUUUGAUUGACAUUAAUGUUUUGUGAGAUAUUUUUGAUGUUGUUGUUUUGAAUAUGCAACAGACUUUGUAUGAAUGGCUAGGAUUAAUCACAUGUGGAAAAUAGUGUGUAUAUGAUUUUGAAUAAGCACAUCAUUAGUGCAAAAUAUGAAGUAAAAAAUCAUUCUCAGUGAUUUAAAUCGAAAUCUGUGAUAAUUAUAUUGUUGUUUAGGUUUCUUGUAUAUUGAGGGACCAUUUAUUUUUGUGCUCAUGUAUUUUGAGAUGUACAAAUGUAUGUAUAUAUUGAUAUAAGGUUUUUGCUUAGUAAACUUAUAUAAUAUGACGUUCUCAAUGUAGCUUUAGUGUUGUUGUACAUGUAUUAUGUAUAUAAAAUAAUUGAAAAUACUAAGAAUUGUUUUGGAGUUAAGAUUUAUACAUCUUUACAUUGGAGAACUUUUGUUUGCUUGUUUGAUGGACUUGUAUAGCGUUCUAUCUUGAAAAAACCAUUUAUCAUUUUUAGGGAAGUUUUGAUAAGCAAACAGUGCAGACCAUGAUCAGAAGGCAAUGGUCACAUAUUAGCUGCAGGCUGAAGGUUACUGUAAUGAAAUAGUUGUACAGUAGUAGGGGAAUUUUUCUCCCUGUCUUUUUGAUUACUUCAGGGCAGAUGUAAUUGCUCUAAUAUGCAAUCAAAGAUUAUAUAUUUUAUGAUUUUAUUUACAAAUGAGUUUAUGUUUAUUCUAGUUGAAUAUGUCUCAAGGAAUAGGUUGUAUAUAAAACUGGCAGGCUUUAGUUUUUAUUAUUGUUGUUUACAUGUAUACAGGUGAUUGUCCCUGAUCUUAGAGAAAUGUCAGGUUGUUUGGUUUUCAGUGUGAUGAGAUGCAAAUGUAAUUUUGUGCUAGAAAACCAGUCUGUUAUUUCAAGUUAUUUGAUUGGUUGCUAGAAAACAAGUCUGUUCUUUCAAGUUAUUUGAUUGGUUGGCUACUUUAUUUUGUACAGACUGGUUCUUUAAUUUUAUUUUGCAAUUCAUGUUUUGACGUCUAUUUUGUUUGUGUUAGAUCUAUAUUUAUAGUUUAACACGAAAAAAAUCAAAGAAUUGUUUAUGAAUGAUUAAUUUUUGGCUCAAAUUAAAUGAAUUACAUUAAAUGACUUUGAAAAUUUAUGAGGAAAAAAAAUCUUUUUUGUUAUGCUUGUCUCAAAGCUUAUUGAAUAAAAAUUGUUAUGCUUUACUUUAAAAUACCUGCAAAAUGCAUGUGAAAAAAAAAGUUUAUUUUAUUAUUUCUUGAAUUGUUGCUAGAUUCAAAUAUAUAGAUUAUUUUAGUUAACACAUUAUGAGAAAUGUGUAUAUAUAUAAAUUAUAUAUGUUAAUCAAAUUAUGAAAAGUAUGAAACAAUAUUUUACAUUCCAGUGGAUACUGAGUUUAUGGGGUGUUAGGGUUGUGCACAUAGUAUUGCUGAUUUCAUGUAUAUCAGAUUGGUUUUCAUAGAUUUAGCUUUGUUGGGGGAGAUAUUUCAUGUAAAUACAUAGUAUACUAUUUAUUUUUCUGUUUCCUGUAUAAAAUCAUGUCAUCCAAACUUUUUGGGGACUUUGGUCUGAUCUGAAUUUUUUCUUUUUCAUAAUAAAAUAUGAAAACUAUACAA